UCCGUCGACAGGUUGAUGCUUGAUUGGUGUUUUAUUCCUUUAUAAGGCCGAAUUAGAUGGAUGGAUAUCGACCGGAGAUAUCCUGUAGACGGCAUCUCCUCCGUAGGCCCAAGGCUCAGGGCAGACUGCCUACGAGACCCCUGAUGCUCGGAUUCCGGGGUUGUAAUACCACAUGGGACUGGGAUGGUCCGUUAUUAUCAUCUGUAACCAUUAUCCCAUAUUUCUGCCCUCCGACCGGACUGCGGAUUCCAAAUCUGUACGGUUACAUGGAGGGGUCAGUCAACGGCACCAACCCUCCAAGCCCCUCCAGCUGCAUGUCCGUCCCGAUCUUGCGAGGGCCGGAGUCGAGUGAAACUGAGAUAGAGAUAGAGGUGGUGAGUUACUGGAGUUACCGGCAGUAUUGAAAGUUACCGAUUAUGUAUCGAACUGCCAACCUAGUAGAACCUGGAGUAGGUAUGUCAGAGCAUGACGCUGUAUGUCCGACUUCACUUAAACUGGACGACAAAGAGAGUGUACUUGGCUUCGGCUGUGAUUCGGGGUCGACGGCAUUUUCAUCGGUGCUCCAAUUGCUGGUCCAUGGCAA